UUUGGGGGCUCGUCCGGGAUAAGGGAUGGUGGAAUAAAGAAAAAACAGACGAAGACUAUGAUGCCGGUGAUUUAACCUGAUUAAGAAUUUACGAAUUACGAACGAAGACUAAGAUUUAAAGAAGCUUAUGAUUAUACGAUUACGACUUGAAGACUAUAAAACUUUUUAUUUACAUUAUUCAACAUGCCGCCGAAACGAGUAAAAGAUGAUGAUGAUUGUGGUGAACCAUCGCCGCGUAUUUCCUUCAAUGACUUAGAGAAAUCAAUGACGCCAUUUUCGGGUGAUGAUGCCUAUGGCAUCGAAACAUUCGUAAAAGAUUUUGAAGAUAUUUCCUCUUUAAUGCAAUGGGGCGAAAUAGAAAAACUCAUAUUUUCGAAGCGGCUUCUCGCGGGAACCGCCAAGCUAUUUUUACGUUCACUAAGUGGGACCACCACGUGGGAUACACUUAAGUCUGAGCUCCGUGAGGAAUUUGGUAAGAAGUUGAACAGUGCAACUGUUCACAAGAGACUUUCAACUCGCCGGAUGAAGAUGAAUGAGACUCAUCAGCAAUAUUUUUUACAUAUGAAGGAACUUGCAGUACUUGGGAAUGUUGAAGAUGAAGCCCUGAUGGAAUAUGUCAUCGACGGUAUUAAAGACAGAAGAUUCAAGGUGAAAAAUUGUUAUCUUAUAGUUCAGGAACAACAGAAACUUUAACUGGAAUAGCUGAAAAGGAAAUUUAUACAAAAGGAUCUUUCACAGCAAAAAUUGAAAUUGAUGAUUGUUAUUUUGAAACUUUAUUUUAUGUUGUUGAUGAUGGCGCUAUCCCUGUCAACAUUAUAUUAGGAAAUCCUGUACUGAAAGAAGUAGAAAUCAAUUUUAAAUCUGGAACUAUCACUGCAACAAGAAUAUUACACCUUACAAUGCUAGAGAAUGAAAAUGAAGAUAUCACAAAUAUUGAAAACAAAGAAUAUAAGAAUAAAAUACAGAAUAUUAUAAAAGAAUAUAACCCCAAAAGAUGUACUAAAGCAUCAAAUGUAAAACUUAAAAUAUUAUUAACCGAUGAUGUACCAGUUUAUCAGAAUCCACGACGAUUGUCACCUUUGGAGCUUAACAUUGUUGACAAACAGAUUAAAGAAUGGCUUGAUGAAGGAAUAAUAAAAACAAGUAAGUCUGAUUAUGCUAGUCCAAUUGUGCUUGCAAAAAAGAAGAAUGGAAU